AUGAAUUUACUUCCUACUGUCUUGAUUGUGGCUGCCUUCACCAUGGUAGUAAGAGCUGACGACACAUACACCGACAGAUACGACUCAAUGAACGUAGACGACGUAAUUUCCAACAAGAGAUUAUUGGUCGCGUACAUCAAGUGUGUUAUGGAUAAGGCCCGAUGCACACCAGAGGGAAAAGAGUUAAAAUCUCAUAUCACAGAUGCUCUGCAGACUGGAUGUGCUAAAUGCACGAACAAGCAACGGCACGCCAUCAAGAAGGUUAUAAAGCACCUCAUACACAAUGAAAACGAUUAUUGGAGUCAACUAGUCGAAAAGUACGACUCUCAGAGGACCUAUUCGCGAAUGUAUGAAAAGGAAUUAGGCUCGAUAUGA